AGCCCAGGUCCCUGCCAAAACCCAGCACCUCCAGGACUGCAGUCCUCACAGAAAAACCCACUGCCUUGCCAUCCAGUCCCACCACGCUGCCGCCCACAGAAGCCCCCCAGAUGGAGCCAGGGGAGGUGACGACAGUCCUCGACAACGAGCUGGAGGUCCCGGCGAGCAGCGGCCCCAGCGGGGACUUUGAGAUCCGGGAGGAGGAGGAGGAGACGACCCGUCCUGAGCUGGGGAACGAGGUGAUGGCCGUGGUGACCCCAGCACCCCCCCCCGGGCUGGGCAGGAACGCGGAGCCGGGGCUCAUCGACAACACGAUAGACUCCGGGAACUCGGCCGCCCAGCUCCCCCAGAAAAACAUCCUGGAGAGGAAAGAAGUGUUGAUAGCGGUGAUCGUGGGCGGCGUGGUGGGAGCUCUCUUUGCUGCCUUCCUGGUCAUGCUCCUCAUCUACCGGAUGAAGAAGAAGGACGAGGGCAGUUACACACUGGAGGAGCCCAAACAAGCCAACGUGACCUACCAGAAGCCCGACAAGCAGGAGGAGUUUUACGCGUAGAAGGAGAGCCCGGCGUGCCUCGCGCUCCCUCCCUGCUCCAAACUCUCCCUCCUCCUCCUCUACUUCAUCCAAUCUC